UCUCAUAGUACUCCGAAUUUGCCCCGAAUAACGGCGAGAAUAAACUGGUGAAAGUUCACGCACACUUGUAAAGGUUUAAGUACCUUUCUCAACCUCUUACUCUCCCUGACAUUCAUUUCCUUACUCGCCCCCUUCAAAUCAUCAGCAAUAUGUCUGGUGCAGCAUCUGCGGCUGCAGGGUCGAAACUUUCCGCGUUUAUGAAUCAUCCAGCCGGCCCGAAGACAGUCUUCUUCUGGGCACCAUUGAUGAAGUGGUGUCUUGUUGCCGCUGGUGUAAAGGAUUUAAGUCGUCCAGCAGAUAAGCUCAGUAUAUCACAAAACGUUGCGCUCGCAUGCACAGGUUUCAUCUGGGUCAGAUACUCAUUGGUCAUUACCCCCAUAAACUACAGUUUGGCAGCGGUGAACUUCUUUGUUGGUUCGACCGGUCUAGGGCAGUUGGCUCGGAUUGCAAAUUACCGGUACAGCGGCGAGGCAGUCAAGGCUUGAUUGGUUUCUUUUUGAGAGUUUUACUAUCUAUCAUACUUCCCUUGCAAUGUCACUUGGCAACGGUCAAAGCUCCAUGAAUCGCUCUAAUUCAAGUCAUAAACGUGAU